UUCAUGGGCUCCAAACUUCUCCAGGAUCCGCUGCUCGAGCGGAGGACUUUGAACGCGUCCGGUGAGGAGCAGCGCCACUUGAGUUUCCUCGGCAUUUUUGCGGGUCACAGACGGACUUUGCUCCGUGAAACUUUCACGAUCUCCUGCAGCUUUUUUAAACCUGGUGAAUGUCUGGAUGGUAUUUCGUGGUAAGGCGCGAGGCGACUUUUUUCCCGGGAAAACCUGAACGUUACGGUGCGAAUGCGACGCAGGGAUGUGUCAGUUAAAGGUUGGUGAAAGCACAUGUUUUAAAAACUGUGAAGGUAUCAGUGGAAACAUGAUGGAGAAUUAGGAAAAACUGUUCCAGAAGGACGGGAUUUGAAGUUGACCACCUAAGAUGAGCACCCACACUCUCCUCCUGGUCUGCGUCCUCUGCUUGUCAAGCAGCUGGGCAGAAAAUGCAGAGGAGCGGCUGGUCAACCACUUGUUGGGUCCAGAACGCUACAAUAAACUGAUAAGACCUGCCGUCAAUAAAAGCCAGCAGGUCACCAUCUCCCUACAGGUGUCUCUGUCCCAACUCAUCAGCGUGAAUGAGAGAGAGCAGAUCAUGACAACCAACGUGUGGCUCUCCCAGGAGUGGAACGACUACAGACUCAGUUGGGACCCGGAAAAAUACGGAGGCAUCAAGAAACUGCGAAUCCCAUCCAAGCACAUCUGGCUCCCGGACAUCGUCCUCUAUAACAAUGCCGACGGGGUGUAUGAGGUCUCUUUCUACUGCAACGCCGUGGUCUCUAACACCGGCGACAUCUUCUGGCUGCCCCCUGCCAUCUAUAAAUCAGCCUGUGCCAUUGAAGUGCAGAACUUCCCAUUCGACCAACAGAACUGCACCAUGAAGUUCCGCUCGUGGACCUACGACCACACGGAGCUGGAUCUGAUUCUCACCAGCGACUAUGCCAGCCGGGACGACUUCACCCCAAGCGGGGAGUGGGACAUCGUAUCCCUUCCCGCGCGUAAGAACGAAGACCCCAAUGACAUCACGUACCUGGACAUCACCUAUGACUUUGUGAUCCAGAGGAAGCCGCUGUUCUAUACCAUCAAUAUGAUCAUCCCUUGCAUCCUGAUCACCUCUCUGGCCAUCCUGGUCUUCUACCUGCCGUCAGACUGCGGGGAGAAGAUGACGCUGUGCAUCUCUGUGCUGCUAGCUCUCACUGUGUUCCUGCUGCUUAUUUCCAAAAUUGUACCUCCAACAUCCUUGGCUGUUCCUUUGAUAGGGAAAUACCUCAUGUUCACUAUGGUCCUGGUGACCUUCUCCAUCGUGACCACCGUAUGCGUCCUCAACGUUCACCAUCGCUCCCCUUCGACCCACCACAUGCCCAACUGGGUAAACCGACUCUUUUUAGUCCAGCUUCCAACCUUGCUUCUGAUGAGGCGACCAGGCUCUUUCAAGGUCCGAGACAAGCUCCGUCGAGAGACCGCCUCCUCCGCCGCCGACAAGAGGGGGAAAGCGAAGAGCAAAACGGAGGCGGAGUCCUAUUAUGUGAAUGAAGAAUUUGCUAACCGAUUCUACUGGAAGUUGGGGGAGCUUCCAGAUGGAGGUGGGGGUGGCUCAGACUUCAGGAAGCCGUUAAGUUCUCAGCUGGAGGCUCAUCUGGAGGAAGCAGUGGAGGGAGUGAAAUACAUCGCAGAACACAUGAAGACAGAAGACGACGAUGACGGGAUAAUAGAGGACUGGAAGUACGUCGCCAUGGUGAUAGACCGUCUGUUCCUGUGGAUCUUCAUCCUUGUGUGUGUGGUGGGAACUUUGGGGCUCUUCAUGCAGCCGCUGUUCCAGAGUUACAACACACCAACCGCUGAUGAGGCAGAGUAUGGGGAUUUUUAGGAUUGCCACGACUUGCAGAUGUACUACAGUCACCGUGAAAGAGAAGCGGCGACCAGACUGGCUCCAAACUGGCUGUCUUCUACACCAGUGGACCAAUGUGGAGCAUCUGUGAGGCGCCUCGGAACUUCACCCAGGACUUUAUUGGGACACAAAUUUCAAGCACCAGUUCAGUUUACUUGCUUAAAAUCAUAUACUCUUUGGACACAAAAAACUUGAUUUAGAUGUUUUUGAAAUAUUUGAAUAAUUUCCAAAGGGACAGAUUUACUUGAAUCCUUGUUUGCGCGUACAAAAUAGUGCUCAGACUGUUCCUCGGAGGAAAUGGACCACCAUGGGACAAGGAAAGGACUAGAACAGCAGGAACUGAGUAGAAAUUUGAGUCAAUGUAAGAAUAGUGUACUUUGAAUAAAUACUUUAAAUAAAUAAAUAAAUAAAGCUCACCAGAACCACUGCAACUGGGUGUAGACAACACCGAUUUGCGUAUACGUUUGUAUCAAGCUAAAUAAAAACACAACUUCGACAUGCGAAAGAUUGAUAAAUCAGAAAGAAAAUAGUGUGCAAAACUGCACAUUUGUUGCUCUAAAAGUACUAGUUGGGUCUGACUAUUUUGCUCAUUUGAAAGACUGCUGCAUGAGAGAGAUUUGGUCAGCACAGGUUUUAGUACGUGCAAACCAGAAGCAAAUAUGGUGCCCCAGUUUCCUUCCUUUCUAAAGUUGUCCCACGACCACAUGUCAUUGAAUACAACUUUUGAGACAACACAAAAAAAGGAAUCCUAAAAGUUCAGAUGGAUGAAACCUAACUCCAGACUGACAGGUACCGUUGAAAACACAGGUACUGUCUGCAGGACAUCGAAUCUGCCUUCAGCCCCACUUUUCUGGAAAAUGUAUCUUAAAAAAAAAAGCAUUUUCUGCCUGUGUUGUUAAUUAAAAAAAUAUAUUCCUCUAUCAAUCUAGUAUUAAUCCUCAACUUAGGAUCAGAGGUGAUCAUAGAUAAAGCAAGAAGCACCAGGUGACAUAAUUCUAUAUAGACACACUAAAAGGUUGCAUAUUAAUAUGUUGAAUUUUGGAAAAAAAGAAACCUUCAUUUAUAAGUUUUGGCAAUUGAUUGUUUUAUUCGUUGAAAGUGUUCACUCUGUGUAGUCUGUGUUUCUGUUCAUGAAGACACUGAAAUUGUUUUCAACAAGAUCAAAAACUGUGCAUUCUACUGUCAAUGGAAAAAAAAACUUGCCCAAGAGUACGGACCGAACUGUUGCCACGGUGAUGAGGAACCAGAUGAGCUGUUGAAAUGGACGACAAUCUGUAAACGUGGAUAAAAUCUUUUCAUGUGGGCACCAAAUACCAUGUAUCUAAAGUGUGUUUUCUGUGUGAAACAUGUCUUUUACUUCUCCUUUCUGCAUCUACUGUCAGCGGUUGCCACAUCUUUAUCAUCCUCCCUUCUUACAUCGAUCCUCUCCAUGGCCUCAUUUACCACAUCCAUGAACCUUACCUCCUCCUCUCCUAAAGGCAGGUACCUCCAUUUAAACCAGUGUCUCUCCUCUCCACUUGUCCAAGCCUCUCUCUUGAAACUUCACCAUUUCUCACCACAAAUCCCUAUAUUGUCAGCAAACAUCAUGGUCCUUAGAGAUUCUAUCCUCAUCUACAGCAAACAAAAGAAGCUGGUCCUUGAUGGUCCCACCAGAAAACAUCUGUCACUCGCCACCAUCUCACUGUCCUCAUUCAUGCCUUUUUUUCCUCUGUGAGUGUGACGUUUGAAGAUACUAUUUGCAAUAUUUUGGAGGUAGCCACACACUACUGAAAGGCUUAUGAAGCUUCAUGAUACAGCAUCCUCAUCUUCAGCCCACUAGACGGCAUUUUUUCCUCUAAAAUCUUUGACAAUCAUUUCAAAGAAA